GGACCGGAACUUUCUCUCUUCCCAACAAGCAACCGGAGGUUUCCAGAUUUUUGCAGGUUGAAGCUAUCUGACUGAGGGAAAGGGCUAAAAGAAAAGUUUUUUAUUUUCUCGUCAAAGGAAAUGGACGCCACCGAAGCUUCUUUGUCCACUUCUCCAUCUAAAUCCAGUUUCAGGAUACAGUGGUGGAUCUAAUGGGAAUGGCUGGCCGCCUUCCAAGUCUUCCGGUGGUGGUUUGCUGCAGCACCAGGGACGAGCUAGAUGCUGUUUACUCCGCCCUAUCCACCCUUUCACACAUUUCUAUCUUCGCACUGUACAGUGACCUUGCUGAAGCAGAGAGGGCACACACAUUUGCUAAAUUCCGGCAGGCCAUGCUGAGGUGGAAUCGUCAUACCGUUGUUGAUGAAGGGGGAGAAAAGGAGGAAGAGAAAUGUCACCUGAUAGUUGUAACUGAUGCUUGCCUUCCUCUUGUGAACUCCGGAGAGUUUCCUUUUAAUGCACGCCUCUUGAUUAAUAAUGAGUUACCAACAAAAAAGGAAACAUAUAUGCGGCGCAUGGCUACUUGUUUGGCAGCAGAUGGAAUUGUGAUCAAUAUGGUAGCCGGAGGUGAGGUUGUAAAUCUCAGAAACAUUGAAGAAAGCAGUGGGUUUCUAAUAGGAGAAAUGCCCAUAAAUAUUUUUGAGAUGCUGUGAAGGACUAUAACUUUACAAUGCGCAAAAAGGUAAAUAGAGGUUCCAAUUAGUCUGAACAUCUUUGUGGUCUGGAUAUGCAAUUCUUACCGUAAUUACCACAGCUUUUGUAGUUCUCUUUGGGAUUAAACCUCAAGAGCAGGUAUAUAUAAUUUAUUAGAGCAUUGUUUUGCGGUAAACAAAUACGAUAGUAUCAAGCAGGAACGAUGGAAUACUAUUUAAGUGUCUUCCCAUGUUAUACAAAAACCGUCUUUGAUUUUUAACCAAAGUCCAUCAAUGACAUCAAUGACGUCACAUGCUUUGAUUUAGAUGAAGAUGGGUAUCCUGUGUAUAGAAGAAGAAAUGAUGGGAGAACCAUUUCAAAAAAUGGCGCGGAGUUGGAUAACAAAUAUGUGGUGCCUCAUAAUAGAUAUUUAUUGCUAAAAUAUGCAGCACACAUAAAUGUGGAGUGGUGCAAUCAGUCUAGAUCUAUCAAAUAUUUGUUCAAAUAUGUGAAUAAAGGAAAUGAUAGAAUCACCGCAACAUUCUAUCAAAGUGCCAAUGGAGAUCAUGAAGAGAAUAAUGUGGAUGAAGUGAAGAUGUAUUAUGAUUGCAGAUACAUUUCAUCAUGUGAGGCUGCAUGGAGGACUUUAGCAUAUGAGAUUCAGUACAGAAGUGUUGGGGUGGAGAGAUUAAGCUUUCACUUGCCUAAUGAACAAGUUGUUUAUUUUAACGACUUGGAGCCCAUAAAUGAAGUUCUUGAGAAGCCGAGUGUGAAGGAAAGUAUGUUUCUUGCUUGGUUUAAAGCAAAUGAGAUCUAUCCUGAAGCAAGAAACUUGACUUAUGCCGAAAUGCCAAUUAAAUUUGUGUGGAAGCCAUCUAUUAGAGAGUGGGUGCCGAGGAAGAGAAAUUUUGCUAUUGGAAGGCUAUUUUAUGUGCCGCCGGCUUGCGGUGAAUUGUUCUAUCUUAGAUGUCUUUUGAAUGUUGUUCGUGGACCAACAUGUUUCGAAGAUAUAAAGAAGGUUGAUGGUGUCCAAUAUGACACAUUUCGUGAUGCUUGCUAUGCUUUAGGUCUACUAAAUGAUGAUAAGGAAUAUAUAGAUGCAAUCAAAGAAGCAAGUUUUUGGGCAACAGCAUGUUGUUUGCGCAAAUUGUUUGUUGCACUAUUAAUUGCUGAUUGUUUAGGUAGACCAGAGGAGGUUUGGGAAAAGUGUUGGGUUUUUUUAUCAGAAGAUAUCCUCCACAAACAACGUGUGAUGCUUAAUCAUCCAGAUCUCACGUUGUCAGAUGAAGAAUUAAAGAAUUAUGCUUUGUAUGAAAUUCAAAAGAUGUUACGCAGUUGUGGAAGAAGUUUGGAAGAAUUCCAGUGCAUGCCAUGUCCUGAUCAUAGAUUUUUAUCGAAUAAUACCAAUCGAUUGGUAUAUGAUGAGUUGAAGUAUGACCGCGCCAAAUUGACAAAGGAGCACGAAGAGUUGCUAGGUAAUCUAACUGUGGAGCAAAGAAAUGUCUAUGAUACAAUAAUGAAUGCGGUUGAUUCAGGCAGGGGUGGAGUCUUUUUUGUAUAUGGAUACGGUGGAACUGGAAAAACUUUCGUAUGGACAACUCUUUCUGCUGCCAUACGUUCUAAGGGAGAAAUAGUACUGAAUGUUGCGUCGAGUGGUAUAGCAUCGUUAUUGCUACCAGGAGGUCGAACUGCACAUUCUCGAUUCAAAAUUCCAAUUCAUCCUAAUGAAGAUUCUACGUGCAAUAUAAAACAAGGUAGCACUCUUGCUGAGCUUUUGGUCAAGUGUAAGCUUAUAAUUUGGGAUGAAGCUCCAAUGGUGCAUAAACAUUGUUUUGAAGCUUUAGAUCGAAGUCUGCGUGACAUUUUGCGAUUUCAGAAUCCAAGAAGUCUUGAAUUGCCCUUUGGUGGAAAGACAGUAGUAUUUGGUGGAGAUUUCAGACAAAUCCUUCCUGUCAUUCCUAAAGGAACAAGGCAAGAUAUUGUCAAUGCAACUAUAAAUUCUUCCCAUUUGUGGCAACAUACAAAUGUCAUGCGUUUGACAAAAAAUUUAAGGCUUCUUCAUUUGCCAGCUAAUGAGCAGUCAGAAUAUUUGAUUAAGUUUUCUGAAUGGAUUGCAAGCAUUGGUGAUGGCACUAUAGGAGGACCAAAUGAUGGGUUUGUGGAGAUUGAGAUUCCAGAUGAGUUUUUGUUGAAAGAUUUUGAUGAUCCUAUAAUAAAAAUGGUUGAAAGCAUUUAUCCUUCCUUUGACGCUAUUCAUGAAGAUCCCAGUUAUUUAGAAAAAAGAGCAAUAUUGGCACCCACUCUCCAAGUUGUUGAUUCAAUCAAUGACUACAUGCUUUCCUUAAAUGGUUCUGAGAUGAAAACCUACCUUAGUUCUGAUAGCCCGUGUAAAUCAGAUUCAAAUCCUGACUUUUUAACAGAUAUUCACACUCCAGAAUUUUUGAAUGGAAUUAAAGCUUCAGGAGUACCAAAUCACGAACUGCAUCUUAAAGUUGGAACACCAGUGAUGCUAAUGAGGAACAUUGAUCAUUCUCAAGGGCUGUGUAAUGGGACUAGGAUGGUUAUUACCAGAUUGGGUAAGCAUAUUUUGGAAGCAAAAGUUUUGACAGGAUUAAGUGCAGGUGAGAAGGUUUUGAUUCCAAGAAUGUCUUUGACUCCAUCUGAUGUGAGAUUGCCUUUCAAAUUUGAAAGAAGACAGUUUCCUUUGAUGGUCUCAUAUGCUAUGACGAUAAAUAAGAGUCAAGGACAAUCGUUGUCCAAUGUUGGAUUAGUCUUGAAAAAACCCGUUUUCAGUCAUGGACAGUUAUAUGUUGCUCUUUCACGUGUGACUAAUCCUGCGGGUUUGAAAAUAGCUAUAUGUGACGCAGACGGGAAAAGUACCAAUGUAACAACAAAUGUUGUAUUUAAGGAAGUAUUCCGAAAUUUGUAAUAAAUUUUGUUUUGAAAUUAUUAUUAUUACAAUCAUUUUUAAUAA